GAGAGGAAGAUAGAGAGAGGGGAGGGAGAGAGAGAGAUUAACAGGGAGUAGGAGGCAGGCGCAGUAGCGGACUCGUAUAUCCGCCAGAAGGAGACGGACGGUGCCAGCUGCUAGCCACGUUAGCUACAGUAGACAGUUAGCAACUAGCUUCAGAGUCGUAGCACGUUUAAUACAUACUAGGGACUGAGUAAGAGAGUGUGUGUGACAGCCUGUGUGUCGACGCUUUCAGUGCCCGCUCGGCCGUCCCGAAGUCACUCCGUGUGUUUGUGUGUAGCCUACCUGUGUGUGCGUGUGUGUGUGCGCGCGCGCGAGUGUGUGUGUAUAUAUAAACCCCUCUAUCUCCCGUUUCCUCUUCCGAACAGCAGCAGCUUGUCCAUUAUUGUGUGUGUGUGUGUGAGGUUAGCAAGCAAAGAAGCAAAGGCACACACAUAAACACACUCUGAGAGUCGACUGUUUACACUCGGUGUCCGGUUACUUGACAGCGGAUUAACAUCAUUUACUGAUACCGAAACAGCACCAGCAUGAUGUUUAGAUACACUGUAGUCCAAGGCAGCCUCAGCCUGUUGGCUGUGAGGCGGGCAUGUCUUCUUUCCCGCUUUGCCCACUCUGCCCCACAGAGCGAGUAUCGACCAAUAAAGAAAGUCAUGGUGGCCAACAGAGGUGAGAUAGCGAUCCGUGUGUUCAGAGCUUGCACUGAACUGGGGAUUCGAACUGUGGCCGUCUACUCUGAGCAAGACACUGGACAAAUGCACAGGCAGAAGGCAGAUGAGGCAUACCUGAUUGGGAAAGGCCUGCCACCUGUUGCUGCAUACCUGCACAUUCCUGACAUCAUCAAAGUAGCCAAGGACAACAAUGUGGAUGCUAUCCACCCAGGCUACGGUUUCCUUUCUGAGCGAGCAGACUUUGCACAGGCCUGCGCUGACGCCGGAGUGAUGUUUGUUGGGCCAACCCCAGACACUGUCCGCAAGAUGGGAGACAAGGUGGAGGCUCGCUCCCUGGCCAUCGGCGCAGGUGUACCUGUGGUCCCAGGAACAGAUUCUCCCAUCUCCAGCCUGCAGGAGGCACAGGCAUUUGCUCAAACAUACGGCUUCCCCAUCAUCUUCAAAGCAGCCUAUGGAGGAGGUGGUCGAGGCAUGAGGGUGGUCAGAGAGUACGAGGAACUUGAGGAGAAUUACCAGCGGGCCUACUCUGAAGCCCUAACGGCUUUUGGGAAUGGAGCCCUAUUUGUUGAGAAGUUUAUUGAAAAGCCUAGGCACAUUGAAGUACAGAUCCUCGGUGAUAAAUAUGGCAAUGUCAUCCACCUCUAUGAGAGAGACUGCUCCAUUCAGCGGAGACACCAAAAGGUUGUGGAGAUUGCGCCUGCUUUCCAACUGGACCCUCAUCUGAGAGACCGACUUCACGCUGAUGCUGUCAACCUCGCCAGACAGGUGGGAUACGAGAAUGCAGGGACCGUGGAGUUCCUGGUGGACAAACAUGGCAAACACUACUUCAUUGAAGUCAACUCCAGACUCCAGGUUGAACACACGGUCACAGAAGAAAUCACUGAUGUGGACCUGGUGCAUGCCCAGCUGCAUGUGUGUGAGGGCCGCAGCCUGCCAGAACUGGGCCUCAAACAAGACAAGAUCAGGGUGAAUGGCUGUGCGAUCCAGUGCAGAGUGACAACUGAAGACCCAGCCAGAGGCUUCCAGCCAGACACCGGCAGGAUUGAGGUCUUCCGAAGCGGUGAAGGCAUGGGUAUUCGUCUGGACAGCGCCUCGGCCUUCCAGGGUGCUGUCAUUUCACCCCACUAUGACUCCCUGUUGGUAAAAGUCAUCGCCAGUGGGAAGGACCUGCAGACAGCGUCUUCCAAGAUGAGCCGUGCCCUGGCUGAAUUUAGAGUACGAGGCGUCAAGACCAACAUCCCGUUUCUCCAGAAUGUUCUGUCCAACCACCAGUUCCUCCACUCCACAGUGGACACCCAGUUCAUCGAUGAGAACCAGGAACUCUUCAAUCUCAAACCCACUCAGAACCGAGCCCAGAAGCUACUGCACUACCUGGGUCAUGUGAUGGUAAACGGACCAACCACACCCAUCCCGGUCAAGGCUAAGCCCUCCUCCACAGACCCUGUUGUCCCUCCUGUCACCAUGGGCGACCCUCCAGUAGGUUUCCGUGAUGUUUUGCUGCGUGAUGGUCCUGAGGGAUUCGCCAAGGCUGUCCGUGCCCACCAAGGUCUGUUGCUAAUGGAUACCACGUUCAGGGAUGCUCACCAGUCACUUCUGGCAACCAGGGUUCGAACCCAUGACCUGAAGAAGAUCUCACCAUUCGUUAGUCACAACUUCAGCAACCUUUUCAGCUUGGAGAACUGGGGAGGUGCUACUUUUGACGUGGCCAUGCGCUUCCUGUCAGAAUGUCCGUGGAAGAGACUCCAGGAGCUGAGAGCUUUGAUCCCAAACGUUCCUUUCCAGAUGCUGCUGAGAGGGGCCAACGCUGUGGGCUACACCAACUACCCUGACAAUGCUGUUUUUAAGUUCUGUGAGGUGGCCAAGGAGAACGGCAUGGACAUCUUCCGUGUAUUUGAUUCCCUGAACUACGUGCCAAACAUGCUGCUGGGGAUGGAGGCUGCUGGAGCAGCAGGUGGCGUAGUGGAGGCUGCCAUCUCCUACACGGGUGACGUGUCUGACCCAAUGAGGCAGAAGUACUCCCUGGACUACUAUGUGAAACUGGCAGACGAGCUUGUCAAAGCUGGAACCCACAUCCUGUGUAUCAAGGAUAUGGCUGGCCUGCUGAAGCCAGAGGCCAGCAAGCUUCUAGUCGGCGCUCUGAGAGACCGCUUCCCAGAUGUACCCAUCCAUGUGCAUACACACGACACAGCUGGAGCUGGUGUAGCUGCCAUGCUGGCCUGUGCUGAGGCUGGAGCUGACGUAGUUGACGUGGCUGUUGACUCAAUGGCUGGCAUGACUUCUCAGCCCAGCAUGGGAGCCAUCGUGGCCUGCACCAAGGGAACCAAGCUUGAUACUGGCAUUGCUCUGGAGAAGGUGUUUGACUACAGUGAAUAUUGGGAAGUAGCCAGAGGCCUGUAUGCUCCAUUUGACUGCACUGCCACGAUGAAAUCUGGCAACGCUGAUGUCUAUGAGAAUGAAAUACCAGGAGGACAGUACACCAACCUUCACUUCCAGGCUCAUAGUAUGGGGCUUGGAAAUAAAUUCAAGGAGGUGAAGAAGGCCUACACUGAAGCCAACAAACUACUAGGGGACCUCAUUAAGGUGACGCCAUCCUCAAAGAUCGUGGGUGACUUGGCCCAGUUCAUGGUGCAAAACAACCUGACCAGGGCAGAAGUGGAGGAGAGGGCUGAUGAGCUGUCCUUCCCCCUGUCUGUGGUCGAGUUCCUGCAGGGAUACAUCGGGAUACCACAUGGAGGAUUCCCUGAGCCUUUCAGAUCGAAGGUGCUGAAGUCUCUCCCCCGUAUUGAGGGUCGUCCCGGUGCCUCUCUGCCACCUAUGGACUUCAAGGCCCUGGAGGAGGGGCUCCGAGCUGCACACAGUGAUGACAUCACCCCUGAGGAUGUGAUGUCAGCAGCCAUGUACCCUAAGGUGUUCCAGGAAUUUAAAGAAUUUACUUCCAACUUUGGUCCAGUGGACUGUCUCAGCACCAGGCUGUUCCUGGAUGGACCCAAGAUCGCAGAGGAGUUUGAGGUGGAGCUGGAGAGAGGGAAGAUCCUCCACAUCAAGGCCCUGGCACUGGGUGACCUGAACAAGGCUGGUCAGAGAGAGGUCUUCUUUGAGCUGAAUGGACAACUGAGAUCUGUGCUGGUUAAAGACACCGUCGCAAUGAAGGAAAUGAAGUUCCAUCCCAAGGCUCAGAAGUCUAUCAAGGGUCAGGUGGGAGCACCCAUGCCUGGAAAGGUCCUGGAGGUCAAAGUGGAAGUUGGAAACAAGGUGGAGAAGGGUCAGCCGCUGUGUGUCCUCUCGGCCAUGAAGAUGGAGACCGUGGUCAACUCCCCGAUGGCUGGGACCAUUAAGGCAGUCCAUGUCACGGCCGAUGCCUCCCUGGAGGGAGAUGACCUGAUCCUGGAAAUCGAGGAGUAGGCUGAAAGGGCAGAGAGAGGGAGGGGGGAGUAAUAGUAGGGGUUAGACAAUCUGAUUUGGGAAAUUGUGAGUGGUGGAAGGGGGGGGUUAAAAAAAAAAAAAAAAAAAAAGGAAAAACAGGCACAGAACUCUUUUGUGGUAGUACUGCAUACAUAUUCUGUUCUGUUACUCUGGGGACACAAAAUCCAGACCUGAAGGGUGUAAAGAGCAGAUGAUAUGACAGUCCUGAAUAGUCCUCUUUGAAUUAUACCACUACUCAGUCUCUAUGUAAAUCUCCCAAAAUCUAAGUAAUUCCAUAGAUGUGGUGAUUAGGUCAAAGAACAGUAUAUCUCAGUACAUCUACUAAUGUCCUGUCAGCUUGUGGGAAAAAAUAUAGAAUGAGAUAAGGAAUAUUUGAAUGGUGAUACAUUCCGUUAAAUGCUAGUCUUAAACGUGAUACUACAAAGAGCUAACUAUGUGUAACACUAACAGGAUCAUUUCUAUGCUGUUAAUGUUGGCUAAUAUAUUAAAACUGAGUAGGUGAAACUAUAUUAAUGACUACUAAAUGUUUUUCUUUGUAAUCAGCAGGGUUCAGACGUAAGAGGACAGGUUUGCGGAUGUAUUACUAAAUCAUUUUUUCAUAGGGGAACAUUAUUUUUCUUUUCUUUUUUUUUAAGCAUGCUCGCCUUUGCAAGACAUUAUCAAACUAACAUUAGUCACUGUGCAUUCUGGGAAUGUGUAAUCAUUGGUUGCAUUUAGACUCCCUUUUAUUUUUGUAUUCAAAAAAUUAAGACUGAUUUUUGGAAAAGACAAAGUACACAGGGGUUGAAGGAUUAAAAAAAAACAAUAUUUUGUACAACCAUCUUAAAUUAUUAUGUGACUAAAAAUGAGCACAACAAAGCAAGUGGCGCCAAACUGGGCUGACAAGGAUACAGAUAAACAUGAGAGAAAUGUUAGAUGUUGCACCAAAGUGAAAAACAUAUUCUGUUACUGUAUCAGUAAUAGUAGAUGGUGGUUUAUUUUUUAAAGAAUUUGAUCUGGUGUCAGAAAUGUUUCCCCACUCACACCUGUCUUUAAAAUCCCAAAGCAGAAGCAAGUCAUUACCAUGUUAAAAAAAACUGUAGGCCAUAUUGGAAACACCCAAACAGGAUUAGAGAUAUGACUUUUUCAAAAUACAUUGGUUUAGAUGUGGUUUUCUUAAUCCAAAUUCAGCAGUAGGGUGACCCAACUAAACCACCCGAGUUCUAUCGACUGUAUCAUCAUAGAGGUAUGAAGUCACAGAGUCUUAAGGUGGUUUCUAAGGCCUUUUAAGUAUCUGGUUUAAUAGUGUGAGGCUGUCAGAGGAGCAGUUCCACCCUGUCUUUUCAGAACCAGGCAGAGAUUAUGGUGAAUGGUCUUCUGUCUACAUGGGGAUUUUAAUGCUAGGUGUAAAUGGGAUUACAUGGUGGUGUAAUGGAGGCAUGUGGUGUUAUUUUCUGAGGCUCUGCUGAUUAAUUUAUGAAUUAAUUCUCUGUCAAAUGAUGUGAAAUUAGCCGGACUAAUAAGAGACUCUGGAGACUCCGAGCAGCAGCACUCAGCUUUAUAUUUCUAAUGCGUGUGUGUGUUUGCAUAAAUGAGUCUAAAUGUGUGUGUGUGCAAGCAAAUUUUAAGACAAAGUCAACCAGUCUUCAUAAUGUUACACCUCCAGAGCUGAAACAUUCUAAGAAAUGAAAUAUUCAUACACACAUGCAGCAAUGCAAAAUAGUCACACUAACACUCCUAGCCCUUGAGUGCUGCCUAGAUAAAAAACAACACAAAAAACAAAUACACUGCACAGUGGUGCGGCUACAUCCCCAUAGCAACACUAUCCAAAACAUUUAACAGCAAUGCAGCAACAACCCCACUCAGCUUAAAUACUGGAAUCAAGCUCUCAGAAAAUUAAAGUGUGUUUUAUAACUCCUCUAAUGUCAGCUGCAGGCCUUUCAACAAUCUGGGGGUAUGGAACCUGAAAGUGAUCUAUGCCAAACUGAAUGUGCACCUACAUUGACCAGUGAAAGUAGUCAGUGAACAAACAGGAAUACAUUUAGACCACAUAUCAAUUACAGUAGGAAAGGAAGCGUCACAAUAUCUUUGUACCACAGUGAAGCAAGGUGUGUGUGGGAUAGCAAGCACGAGAAGAGAACAGCUUACUUUCCAAAACAUCGGACAGAGCACAUCGAUUGAGACAAAGAAUUGAACUUGAAUCACUUUAUACUCGACUGGAUUGUUUCCAGAGUUUUUGCACCAUUACCUCUGAGUAUGAGUCCCCUUUUGAACUAUGCAUCAAUACUGAGCAGUGAUGCCAUACUUAAUUAGAACACUGAUAUGUCUACUCACUCACCCAGCACACCACCAUGCCUCACUGUAUCAAUCUGUAUGAAAGAGAUGGAGAUAAAGUGGUGAGAAUGUAUGACUGAGUGUUUUUGACAAGCUGUUGCACAAUGAUAUAAUGGUCCCUCCUCCCCUCCUUUUUAGCUCUGCUUUAUCUGCUUUUCCUGCCUCAUUUAUCCAAUCACUUUUUCAUCAAGUUUUCCUCUCCAUCUCUCUCCCUCCCUUCCCUCCACAGUGUAAAUUUGCACAUUUAAGAUGUUGGCAUCAACUCAUGCAAUAAUGUAAACUGUAUCGCAGUGUUUCUCUAUGUCUUAGCCAGCAGCGAUUCCAACAACCGUGCUUAUGACAAUGUACUACUGUUCAGUGUCUGGGGAAAAGGAAUAAAUCAGAAAGAGUACACAUAGCUGGGAAGCGUUAUUUGUUUCAGAAAUGGGGAUAUAACGUUGACCUAUUCUUGAGCUCAUGCAAUCUAGAGGUGAACUGUCACAGAGAGUAUGAAAAUAGGGUCUGUGACAUUUCUAUUUUCUUUCUAUUGCUUUCAAUUGUGUGUUUUUGUGAAACUAACCAAACUGUUUAUUUACUUUCAGUUUAGCAGGCAUGACUGUCCUCAGAUUCAAAAUGUCUCCAUGAAAUUUCUAUCAAAAUAUGUUCGAGUUGUCAAGAUUUCUUUCAUUUUGGUAUUUCUAAACAAUCCUACAUUUUACUUUAAUAAUCUUAAUUUACUGAUGUAGUUUACAUUUACUUGUUAAAGGUAUAGUAUGUUUGGAGCGACUAAGAGCUGGAGCGCACAAAAAGGGAAACAAAUAGUAUCAAAUAAAAGCGAUAAUUGUUCUUGUUCUAUCUGUACUUACAAAUAAAGUUAACUGUAACUGAA